CUUAUCAUUAACAAAAAUCCCGUGACUGAGCGUGCAUUGUUACUCAUUUUUAACUCAAAUUCAACCUUUUUUCCGGCUCACAUAUUUACAACCUCUGGACUUUAGACUCGUCUGUCACAUCGCAGCCACUACGGAAGAGGAGAGACGGCUUUAAUCAUUUUAGUCUGAAAAUGAAAUCGCGAUUUUUAUGUGUACUGACUUUUGCACUUUUUGGUGCUUAUUUUAUCCCAAAUCAUGUCCAAGGGGCCAAGAUUUUAUUUUACUUUGCCGUCGCCGGUCCGUCGCAUCGGAUCAGUGCUUGGCCAAUUAUUGAAAAGUUGGCUCAAAAUCAUCAAGUAACGUUUGUAUCGCCGUAUCCAUCCAAGAACAAAAACCCGAGCCAACCCAACAUAACGGACUAUGUUCCUGAAAAUUUGGCGAAGGAUUUGGGCGUCCUUGAUCUGGACUUUAUCGGACUCCGGCUUCGUGAAGGCGUCACGGCCAUCGACGACUUAUGGAAUGUGUACUACAAAUUGGGCCUCAGCGCUUGUGAGGCAUUAAUGCGCAAGCAAGAAUUUCUGACCUGGGUGGAAAAAUCCUCCUUCGACUUGAUCGUAAUCAACGCCAUGUUCAACGAAUGUGCUUACGGCCUGGUGCAUAAGUACAAGGCGAAGCAUAUCCUCUACUCCCCCGUGUCGCACAUGAUGUGGUACAAGGACGCGUUCGCCUACCCGGACGAGAACCUCCCCGAACUGCAGUUCCACUUUCCCCUCAACAUGACUUUCCUCCAAAGCGUCAAGAACGAGAUGGCCUCCCUCUUCUGGCAAAUGAGACGGCACAGAGAAAUCUUUCCCAAAGUGAGGGACAUGGUGAGAACAGGGCUCGACCUUCCGGACCUCCCCAGCCUGGACACAAUUGAGCAGAACACGAGCCUCAUUUUUGCCUACACACAUCCCAGUGAGGAAUAUCCCAGAUCACUGCCCCCCAAUUUCGUCGACAUUGGAGGAAUUCACUGCACCGACGAAAGAAAACCCCUCCCACGAGAUUUGGAAGAGUUUAUAAAUUCAUCUGGAGAAGAUGGUUUUGUUCUCUUGAGUUUCGGAACGUACGCCGCCAUCUCAAGUUUGCCUCAAAAUUUACAAGACAUGUUUUUCGGAGCAAUGUCCAAAGUUCCCAGUGUUAAAUUCAUCGUGAAAUUUAACGGGGAAGCUCCGAAAGGUUUGCCAAGUAAUGUGAAAACCGUGCAGUGGAUCCCACAGCAGGAUGUGAUUGCACACCCGAAAAUCAGAGCUUUUAUCGGUCACGGAGGACUUUUGGGGACACAUGAAGCCAUUUUCCACGCCGUGCCCAUGAUCAUUCUGCCAUUGUUUGCCGAGCAGGACUUUCAAGCUUCACGAGCUCAUUUUCGAGAGACAGCAAUAGCUCUGGAAAUUUCAGAAUUGACGGAGGACAUUCUUUUGCACGCCAUUUUAGAAAUUCUCAAUAAUAAAAAGUACAAAGAGAACACGAUGAGGCUGUCCAAGUUCUUCAGAGACCGUCCUUCUCCUCCCUUGGACGUGGCCGUGUGGUGGAUCGAGUACGUCCUUCGCCACGACGACUGCGCACACUUGAGGCCCGUCGGACUCCAAAAAACGUGGUAUGAACGAAGGAUGCUGCACAUUUGGGGGUUUAUCUUUGGCUGUGUGACCCUGGCUGGACUCAUCGUCCUCCUUGUCAUGUCCCUCAUUUUUAAAACUCUGAGAAAACUGCUCUUUGGCAGUGUGGGGAAAAUAAAAGCAGAUUAAUAACCGA